AUGGAUCUGGUUCUUCCUGUCACAGGUUUCAUCCUGGUAAUGAGUCGAGUGCGGUGGAGGACAACAACACUGGACGUUCUGAACACCACAGAUCCCAGUUUGGAUCAAUGUCAACUUGACGCCAUGCCAGUCCAAGUGCUGUCAGGGGGGGCGGGGCCAGACGCCAAGGUACCGCCACACCUGGCCAGCAUUCCCAUCUCCCUCAUCAGCAUCAGCACCGACUGCUCCAACAGAACAGUCAAGGGAAAAGUGGUUCAUAAAGGCCCGCUGGUGUCGUUAACAGCCGACAACUUCAUCUUGAAGACCGUCAUCCAAGAAGAAGAGUCCCAGCCAAUCACCUCGUCUCAGCUGUCGUCCAUCAACGUCGUCCUGAUGGGAGCGCUGGCCAAGGAGUUCAGCCAAGCUGUCAAUCAAGGGGAUGUGGUCGUGGCUUCUGGCUUCACUGUGGGCAAAUCUCCAACUGUUAAUAAGGACAAGCUGCACCCGUGUAACCUGCUGCUGUCAGGAGACGACGCCUACAUCUAUGUCUCCCGCCUGCCGACUCCUCCUGACCCCGGAUCCCAGCCAGCCGUCAAGAGGGGCUCAGCGCUCUCUGCUCAGGUUUCCAGGACAACCAAGGCUCCAAAAUACACCUAUGUCCGACUGGGCGACUGA